AUGAUUGACAUAGAAGGUUUUGAUGAUGUUGUCAGACAUUCUUGGGCGAUUGGUGUGGAGUCUAACAACUCAUGGGUUAGAUUUAAGAAGAAGCUUCAAUUUCUUAAAUCUAAUAUUCAGGUCAAGAAUUCUAGUUCCCGUAUUCGGUGUAGGUCCAAAAGGAAGAUGUUACAGGAUUCUUUAGAAUCUAUUGAUGCUCGAAUUAUAGAGGGUGAUGGGUCGGCCUCUCUUAGGGAACUUCGGGUAAUGACUCUUAAGGAGCUUAAUGAGCUAGAUCAUCUUUCUAAUGUUGACCUUGCGCAAAAAGCUAAGGUUAAAUGGGGAAUUGAGGGGGGCGAAAAUUCAGGUCACUUUCAUGUUGUGGUUAAUCGAAAGAGACACCAGCUUGCUAUUCGUGGGAUUUUUAUUGAUGGUGUCUGGGUGGAUGAUCCGGGUCGGUCUCCUUUUUCUCGGGAGGAGAUCAAGAGGGUGGUUUGGGAUUGUGGUUCCUCCAAAGCUCCGGGUCUGGAUGGUUUUUCUUUUGGUUUCAUCAAAAGAUAUUGGGAUCUUCAUGAAGAUGAUGUUGUGGAUUUUGUUUUGCACUUUUAUCACCAUUCGAGUAUCCCUAAGGGUUCUAAUGCUUCCUUCUUCACGGUUAUUCCUAAAAUUUGGUCGCUUGUAAAGUUGAAAUGA